AAAAUUUAUAUUGUUUAUGGUUGUUCACUGACUUUUCGCUCGUCACGAAAGGUUUUGUGUUAGAAAAUUUCUGUAAUUUAAUUCAAUUAUUUGCCUUCCUGCGAAAUGUUUCCCCCCAAUUCCCAUUCUCGAUCGUUUCAUUUAUUUCCUGACAAAAUUAGCUCUUCCCAGUUAGGUGCAAUGUGACUAUGCCCUUUAUUUACAAGACUAUGGUGAAUCAGUAAACUUGAAAUCUUAUUUACGUAUUAAAAUUUAUAGAAGAAUCUUAGAUUAUACAAUGGAUAAAGGUGUUUCAUGUGAUCAUUUGAACAAGCUUGCUGAUGUUCUCGGAGCAGAGCUGUGGAAGUCGAAGGAGGUGCUGGCAUGUCUGGACUGCGGGUGUCCGGGCCCCAACCUGUGGAUAUGUUUGCAGCCGGACUGCCACCAUGUGGGGUGCUCCGAGGUCAAGAACGACCACAGCACCAUACAUCAGAGGAACUUUCCUUCCCACUGCGUGCACAUGAACGUAUCGACGGAGCGGGUGUGGUGCUACGCGUGCGAGCGAGAGGUGCAUAUACGCGCCGCGCUCUCUCACUCACGGUCAAGCCCCGAGGCGGCGGUGGGCGGGUCGAGCUCGCGGCUCGGGUUCGACCACACCGUGGCCAUGAACGUGUCCAUAGCUGAUGAUGAUGACGAGGCUGAGGACACGGAUUAUGGGGAGGAUGACGAGCGGCCGAGAGGGCUGGUGGGUCUCCAGAACAUGGGCAACACGUGCUACAUGAACGCGGCGCUACAAGCGCUCGGGCACCUGCCGCCGCUCGCCGGGUACUUCCUGCACUGCGCGCCCGCCGUGGCUUUGUUAGCUGGGGACAAGAAACCUGGGCUUAGUCGAGCAUACCAAAAAUUAAUAAAAGAAAUGUGGAGUAGAAAAACUAGAGGCUACGUAGUACCCAGCGGAAUUUUAUACGGAAUUAGAAAUGUGCACGGCAUGUUCCGCGGCUACCAGCAGCACGACACGCAGGAGUUCCUGCGCUGCUUCCUGGACCAGCUGCACGAGGAGCUCAAGGAGCCGGUAUACGACGACGCGUCACAAGACAAACUGAACACAGAAGAUGGAGACCACACAGUAACCAAGAACGUACACAUGAGGAGAAGAGCCGCUUCGUCCGGAGCGAGCGAUGCGCCUCUAUUCGCGCGCAUGCGGCGGAAGUCCCCCGCGCCCUCCAGCUACAGCGAACGGACCGACGGGUAUUUUAGGGUCCACUCUACCUCGGAGAGCGGCGCGGUCCCGCGCGCGGCGACGCGGCACCGGCGCUCCGCCAGCUUCGCGGGCACUCAGCAGGCUUCAUACUAUACACAUGUGGCUAAUGGGGAGAAAGAGCACAGUCGGGUCGACAUCGGCUCGGAGUCCUCUCUCUCGUGCUCGUCCGACGCUGAAGAGAGAUACGAGACCUGCUCCAGCGCCAGCGACUCGCAGCUGCCGCCCACUAAAGAGCUGCCGGGCUGCGGCGGCGACGGCGGCGGCGCGCGCUACCGCAGCGUCGUGUCCGACGUGUUCGACGGGAAACUGCUGUCGUCCGUGCAGUGUCUUAUAUGUAAUCGGGUAUCAACUCGAGUGGAGACGUUCCAAGACCUGUCGCUGCCGAUCCCGUCGCGCGAGCACCUGUCCGUGCUGCGGGCGCAGCAACACGCGCUCGCCACGCAGAUGACCGCUCCUGAACACGACUCAUGGCUAUGGUGGGUGCUGGGCUGGCUGCGCUCGUGGUUCUACGGGCCGGUGGUGUCGCUGCAGGACUGUCUCGCCGCCUUCUUCAGCGCUGACGAGCUUAAAGGGGAUAAUAUGUAUAGUUGUUCCCGCUGCAGCAAACUCCGCAACGGCGUCAAGAUCUCGCGCCUCGUCCGGCUGCCCGAGGUCGUCUGUAUCCACCUGAAGAGGUUCCGUCACGAAUUGGCGUACAGCUCUAAACUAGCCGCCGCGGUCACUUUCCCGACGACAUCGCUAGAUCUGGCGCCUUAUAGACAUCCACAGUGCACGUCCAAGAUAACCCGCUAUUCCCUAGCCGCAGUGAUCUGCCACUCGGGAACAGCCGGCGGCGGCCACUACACCUGCGCUGCGCUAAAUGACAACCAGUGGUACAGCUUCGACGACGCGAGUGUGUCGCGAGUGACUCACGCGCAACUCGCCGCUCAUGAGGCUUAUGUGCUGUUUUAUAGAAAGUUGAAUCCUGAAAUGGAGGCGAUAAGGCGAAAAGUGGCGGAAAUAAUAGAAUCAACACCCGUCGAUCCCAACGAAGUUAGAUAUUACAUUUCCAAACAGUGGAUUGUCAAAUUCAACACCUGGGCGGAACCGGGCCCCAUAGACAACAGCGACUUCGUGUGCCCCCACGGCGCCGUGCGGCCCGAGCGGGCCCGCCGCGUGGACGCACUGGCCGCCCAGCUCGCCGCGCCCGCCUGGCGCCUGUUGUACCGCACUUUCGGCGGCGGCCCCGCGUGUACGCGCAUAGUGGAGUGCGGGCACUGCGCGCGCGCGGCGGAGCGGCUGCGGGCGCGGCGGGGGGGAGAGCUCGCCGCCUUCUACGAUCUACAUGCUAUAUUCCAGGAGCAAGAGCGCCCGCGCUCCGUGUACGCGAUCAGCAUGCACUGGUUCCGGCAGUGGCAGGCCUUCGUGAGGAGCAAGACGCGCGAGCCGCCGCCGCCCGUCGAUAACAACGGGAUUGUCACUAAACAGGAGACCGACGGCGUGACAACCUUCGUCCUGAAACAAGGCUCCGACCACGCGCAGCUCAGCGAAGAACUGUGGAGGUUCUUCACAGAGAUCUACGGAGGCGGGCCCGAGGUGCGCCUAUCAGGGCCGUCGCCCGCCCCGGCCGACCCCGCCCCCGCGCCCCGCCCACAGGCCCACCGACCAAUCAGGAAGCAGUCCGAGUCGGACAAAGAGGAAUACUGCGCGAAGUCCACUUCAGAGACAAAUAUAAAUGAUAUGGCGCAAAAGAACAAAUCACUGCAGAAUAUUUUCAAUAGACGCGGCAGAAAACAAACGGAGUCGGAUGAUGAUGUAAGUUACAGACAAGUGCAGUAUAAGAGGCAUGAACCUAAUGGCAACUAUCAGGAUUCUGAUGAGGAGAUGGAUGUGAGUGUGAGCCCUCAGCAGAAUCAUACUAAUACUAUUAGAAUGGAGAAUGGCGUCGACAGCUCCGAUCAUGAUGCCAAUGAUAAUCCUGUCCAUCAUAACAAAAAGGCCAAUUCUAACGACGUGGAACUGCCAAACUUAGACAGCAUAUCGCUAAAAGCCAAGCCGAAGUCCGGCAAAUAUCGAAGGUCCAAACGGCGGACGGUUAAAUGAUUCCUUGUAGCUUUCCAAUUCGUUCAUAGGUUGCGACAAGCGAGCCGGCUGGCUAAACCUGAACAUUCCUGAAUUCUGGUGACUGGUGUUUGUGCAUUUAUAGGCCGAAACAUUGACGGCCUCUUUAGAACCGUGUCUAGGAUAGUGGCCUCCUUUGUAAAAAUUAAAGUGAUAUACUCUAUGGUUCAAUUACGGACGAUCCGAAAUUAAAUUCUCGGUGGCUAUUUAUCAGUUUUCUUUGUUCCAAAUCUUAACUGUACAAUAGUUCUGAAAAGUUAAUUUUGGUGACCGAUCGGCCAAAUGGGAUGGUGUUAGUAUUUUUAGUACAAUUUAAUUUUAGUUCAAACUCUGGUCUAGGCAAUUUUGAUAAUCAUAAUCACCAAAUUGUAUAUUAAAAAUGAAUAUCUGUAAAUUUUAUGAUAGUGUUAUUACUACAUAGCCGAUGGUUUGCGCUGAGUAAGCUGAUAUGAUAAGAACUUAUGUUUACAAUAAUAACGAUUUAACUGUGACAUUUUAUUGAAGUUUUUAGUAUUUUUUGUUUAAAUGUUGAGUUCUAUUUCGACUGAGGUUUAAGCGGCGCAGACUAUCACUGUAUAAACGUUUUUCGUUGUGUUAUUAUUAUAUAUUAUUAUGAAAAUGUGCAUUUUUCCUCAUUUAUGUUACUUACCGUGGGGUAGGCGUUUCUGUUAUCAAUUACUGAUUCUAAGUCUAUGUGUUAUUUGUUAUUCAAUCGAUUGGAUCAGCAAUAAAGUUAAUAUAUUUCA